AUGGCUCCAGUAGAAGAAAGGAAGAGACCAGCUUCUCCCGUUCUUGAUGAGCAAAGUGAAGCCAAGAAGCACCAGGAUACUCCUAAACCAGCCAAGGCACAGAAAGCUCCAAAGGUAAACCGCAGAAGGUACAGAAUUAAAGCUCCCGAGCCAACCUCGCCGUUAGGAGUAUUACAGCAUGAAAUUGAAGAGAUAUUAGAGAGCCACGGCCUCACCAAGCAACUCAUCAGCAAUGACAUGACUCGUCUCCUUAACGACCAAGAAGUGGAAGACAGGUUCCACAGGCAAGUCAGCGGAGUCAAGAUCUUAAAAUUGUUGUCCAACGGAGAUGGUGUGGCAGUGAUUCCACACCCUGAAGAUGAAUCUAAAAGACAAAUUUGCAUAGUUCCGUUUGGAUUGCCUGGCGAUGUUGGUGUGAUCAAGGUGUUCAAGACACAUCCAUUAUACGUUGAAUCGGACUUGUUGGAUAUCACUGAAAAAUCUAGCUACAGAAAGGAUGAAUUAAUCAACUGUAAAUACUUUGGAAAGUGCUCGGGAUGUCAGUACCAGAAUGUCGACUAUGAACAACAAUUGGUGUUCAAGAGACAGACUAUCGAGAAUGCAUUCAAGUUUUUUGCCCCUAAAUUGUCGGCAGCCAAUAUCUUGCCAGCUAUCGGAAACACCCAAGAAUCCCCAUUGCAAUAUACUUACAGAACCAAGUUGACUCCUCACUUCAACUUGCCAUACAGAAAGGGAGGGCACCAAUUGGAAUAUAAACCCAACUUAGGGUUUGGUGCUAAGGGAAGACCUACCUGGAGAAAGGACAUGCAUAUCGGCAGUGGUAGCAUUAUAGACAUUGAGGAGUGCUCGAUUGGUACUGAAAUCAUCAACAUAGGUAUGAAAAACGAAAAACAAAGGUUCGAACGGGAUUUCAAAAACUACCGCAAGGGUGCUACCAUCUUGUUAAGAGAGGACACUGAAUUGUCUACUGGUGACUUGACCAAGCCCGGCUCGACCAACGAGAAGGGAGAAAAGAGUACCAUUGAGGUUACUAUCAAUGAUACCAAGUUGACCAAGUCAUGUGUGACUGAUCCAAGACAAAUUGUUACCGAGUAUGUCAAUGGAUUCAGGUUCGAGUUUUCUGGAGGAGAGUUCUUCCAGAACAACAAUUCGAUUUUGCCAAUUGUCACCGACUACGUGAGAUCUAACUUGUCCAUUCCAAACUCCCAGCCUGGAGAACCCAACUUUUUGGUUGAUGCUUACUGUGGAUCGGGAUUAUUUUCCAUCACCUGCUCGGGUGAUGUUUCAAAAGUCGUCGGGGUGGAAGUCUCGGCCGACUCUGUCAAAUUCGCUGAAAGAAAUGCUAAGUCCAACAAUAUCGAAAAUGCCACUUUUAUUGUGGGUAAGGCCGAGAAGAUUUUCGGCAAUAUUGAUACCCCUGCUGAUAGAACAUCUGUAAUUUUGGACCCUCCAAGAAAGGGAUGUGACGAUGUGUUCUUGAACCAACUUUCAGAGUAUCAUCCUGCAAAAAUUGUUUACAUCAGUUGUAAUGUCCAUUCACAAGCCAGAGAUAUCGACUGGUUCAUCAACGAGACCAAGAAUGGAGGUGAGUAUGUGGUAGAAAGCAUUAAGGGUUUCGACUUCUUUCCCCAGACUCACCACGUCGAAAGUGUUGCAGUUUUGAGAAGAAAGUGA